ACGCAGGGUUGGGCUGCAAGAGCAAGACGACAGGAUGCUGUCGAGACCAAAACCUGGAGAGUCCGAGGCAGACCUUCUGCACUUUCAAAACCAGUUCCUGGCAGCCAGAGCUUCACCUGCAGUGAAAAUUGUGAAGAAAGCAGACAAGAGGAAGGGUGAGGAAGGGAGCACAGAUGCUGAGAGACCUCCACUGCAGGACAGCAAGGAUGUAGUCAUGUUGGAUGAUUUUCCUGAUGUUCUCCCAGUUCUAACUCCAGCUCCUCCAAAAAAGUCCAAGAUCAAAAGUGCUUGUGUCCGCUUUGAAGAUGAAGAUCCAGAGGAAAGACUGGAGAGUCAUGAUCGACACAUUACAGCAGUCUUCAGCAAAAUUAUUGAACGAGACACGAGCGCAGUAGCAGUGACUAUGCCAGUGCCCACAGGAGACCCUUUCCCGAGGACAUUUCACCGCUCUGAGAUAAAAAGUGAGGUGAAGGUGGGAACUGGAGGAAAAAGCAUCUUUGCACAAAAGAUGGCAGCGAGAAGAGCUGCUGAAAAGGCUGCAGCAGCUCCCUCUGCUGCCGAGUGCGUCCGAGUAAGAUCAGCUGCUCCGGCUGCCGUGGAUCCCGAGGGAUCAGCAGGGGAGGCACCGCUCCCCAGCUUCAGGGGCGAUAAAGCUGGUGACUCUCAGCGGUCUUGUCUCAUAACGGGAGAGGGUCUUGGAAGCCAAAAGAGUGAGCAGGAAGCUCAAGCUAUUCACAAAGAGAACUUGGAGAAGCUGCGGUCCAUGUCUGAGGAGGAGAUCCGGCAGGAGCAGGAAAAGCUUCUGGCUCAGCUGGAUUCCAAUUUAAUUGCUUUCUUAAAGUCACGACGUAGUGGCAAUGAAGGCCAGAAAAAGGAAUUAAAAAUGGAACAGAACAGACCGGAGGAGUUUGUGGAAUCUCUGCCUGUGGCUCAGCACGGUGUUGGAUCAUCUCUUUCCACACGGGAGUUGGGUCUGGAAGAAUCUGUAAGGAAGGAAGAAAAUAGCAAGGUAGAAAUCACAGAUGAGGAUCUGCCAGUGAAGCCCAAGAAGGAAUGGAUUCACAUGGAUAAUGUAGAGUUUGACAAGCUGGAAUGGAUGAAAGAUUUGCCCUCACCCCGGCAGAAGAAAACCAAAAAGGGGAUGCAAGCUCGAUUCAGUUUAAAAGGAGAAUUGAUUCCUGCAGAUGCCGAUUUACCCACACAUCUAGGUCUGCAUCACCAUGGAGAAGAGGCAGAGAGGGCUGGUUAUUCUCUCCAAGAGCUCUUUCAUUUGUCUCGCAGCCAAGUUAUUCAACAGAGAACACUGGCUCUACAGGUCUUGGGUCGUAUUGUUCAAAAGGCCAGGGCUGGAGAGUUUGCCUCCUCCUUGAAGGGCAGCAUUCUGCAACUGCUGCUUGAUGCUGGGUUUCUCUUCUUGCUGCGCUUCUCGCUGGAUGACGCAGUGGAUAAUGUCAUGGCAGCAUCUGUUGGUGCUCUCCAAGCUCUGCUGGUGUCACUCGAUGAUGAGAAAUAUCUUGAUUGGACUUUCUCAUGGUACCAAGGCAUGGCUGCAUUCCCCUUUGUCCCCAGCAAUGAGGAGGAAGAGGAGGAAGAAGAGGAAGAAUUAAAUGGAACAGAGAAGUCUCAAGAUAAAAAAGUAAAGGAUGAAAACAAGCCAGAUCCAGAUGUGGCGCGAUAUGAUGUUGUAAAGGGACUUUUGAAGACACGGAUCCAACACCGGCUGAGAUACAUCCUGGAGGUGGUACGACCUGUUCCAACAGUAGUGCUGGACAUACUGCACAUCCUCACCCACAUAGCAAGGCACUCCUCUGAAGCAUGCAGCCAGCUGCUUGACUGUCCUCGACUGAUUGAGACAGUUGUCAGGGAAUUUCUUCCUACUCAAUGGGAUCCCCAAGUGGCUGAACCAGGGCAUUUACUCACCAGCCUCCACGGUGUGGCUUGUGCCGCUGCUAUGAAGUUCAUCAGAGUGUUGGCAUCUGGAGGCCGAAAUGCAACAGCCAGGCUGCUUAACCAAUUUGAAAUGAAAAGGCGGUUAAGUCGAUUCAUAGCUGAAGACCCACUGGAUCUGCUCCUGCCGAGGGAAGAAGCCAUCAGGCUGAGCACUGAAGCCUUCCGGCUGUGGGCUGUGGCUGCUGGCUAUGGCCAGGCCUGUGAGCUCUACAGGGAUCUCUACCCUGUGCUGGUGAGGAUACUGCAGUCUCUGCCCGAGUUGCUCACCACCUGCCUUGGGAAGAGCCCUGUGACUGACUUGUCUGUCCAGCGAGCUGCAGCUGUCGUUACUCUGCUGAGCCGCGUGACGCAAACAGCUGCCUGCACGGAAGAGCUGCAGGCCAAGCUGAGAAGUAAUGGUUCAGAAGAGAGUGAACAGAUUCCACCUCCUCCAGUAACGUGGAAUCAAGUGUCAGGUUUACAGCCCUUCCUUGAGACCAGUCUCAAAAAAUUCCUCCAGGAGAUAUCCCAGAGAGAAACUUGGCAGACUUUCCAGCCUCUGACCACAACUUACGUGAUCUACUUGGGAGUUUAUUACAGUGCUUGCAGCCAACAGCUGUCAGUCAAUCCAGUUGACUGCUUAGAGGAGCUGGAACGUUUGACUUCCGAGGUGCUGCUGCCCCUUCUCAGCCAGCCAGCCAUGCACAGCAUGUGGGACCUGCUCAGGCCAUGCUCUGCUUUGUGCAACCCUCUGUCCUGUUCCCCGGCGCCAGAGUCUGUCUCCAGCAUUGCAUCCCUGAGCUGCGCUGGAGGGAAACCUCCUCUGAGCCUGGUUGGCUCUAAGUCACCGUUCCCCUUCCUCACUGCCCUCCUCUUCCUCAUCGAUAGCAUCACUCGUGUUCACAAGGGCCUGACCAGCAAGUACAGCUCUGUGCUGGGCUUCAGAGGCUUGAAGGAUUAUUUACAUCAAAGCUGGCAGGCUGGACCUCCCUCCGUAACUCCCUCAUCUGCGUGGAUCCUGCGCCAUGAAUAUCACCUGCAGUACUUUGCAUUAGCGUUGGCUCGGAGAAUGGCAGGCGCUUGUCCGGAUUACGCCCAGCAUGCCUCGCUCCAUCACUGCGUUGCCAUGGCAUUGCUAAGCCGUCUGUUGCCAGGGAGUGAGCAUCUGGCUUAUGAGGUCCUACUGGAUCUUGCCUUUAAUCAAGAGUUCCUUCCUGAAGGGAGAGCUGGAGGGCCGGAAGCAGCUGACUUCUCUGAUAUCCUGCAUCUGGGAACCAGUGCCAAACUGGCACAGCCUGGCUCUGCGGCAGCAUCUUUUUCCAAGGCUACUCGUGGUGCCCUGCUGAGAGAAUCGUACCAGAAUCUGCCUUCCAUCCGAUCCUGCUACCUGUCUCAUUUAGUCCACUUGCAGCCUGCCCUUAUGCGUUCCCAAGCAUCCUACCAAGGACGGAAUUACCUCAUCCAGUCGAUGCUGCUUCCUGAGGUCAGAGGGCCCAUCCUGCCUUCAGACUGGCCAUUCUUCCCGCUUAUCAGCCUCUACAACAAAGUGACUAAUGCAGAGACACGUGGGGCUGUACUGAACUCUCUCCCACUUGAUCUCGUCAACACCGUGACCUGGAACUUGCAGUGGGUCUUGUUGCUGGAAACCUGGCGUGCCAGAACCCUUCAGGGCAUCCCUACUGCUGCCAAACUUGCACGGCUUAUGUGCGUCUUCCUCACGGGCAGCGACCUCUUCCUCGAAGCACCGAUCCACCACUACACAGCUGCCCUUCUCACCGUAUAUUGCCACCCCAAGGCCUUGGACUCCCUGAAUUUGGAUGCUCCCAUCCCUGGUUUGGCGUCCUUCCACGAUCUCUAUAUAAGUCUCCUGGAGCAGUUUGAAGGCGUCUCCUUCGGAGAUCCGCUCUUUGGAGUCUUUGUUCUUCUACCUCUACAGAAGCGUUUCAGCGUUCAGCUGCGUCUUGCUGUUUUUGGGGAGCAUGCAAGUAUCCUGCAGGCGCUGGGAGUGCCGCUCCAGCAGUUCCCUGUACCUCUCGAGCGAUACACUUCCCCUCCUGAGGAUAACCUGAACCUCCUGCGACUCUACUUCCGAACGCUGGUCACCGGUGCCCUGCGCCACGCCUGGUGCCCUGUGCUUUACGUGGUGGCUGUGGCUCAUGUGAACUGCUUCAUCUUCUCCCAAGACAGCACAACGCAGGAGACAGAUGUGGCUCGGAAAAGCAUGCUGCGGAAAACUUGGCUGUUGGUGGAUGAGACCUUGAAAAAACACCUACUCUACUACAGAGUGCUGAAUGCAGAGAGCCCUUUGGGAUUUGACCUUUACGAGCAGCUCCCUCCCAUGCGACUGAAGUACCUGCAGAUGGUGACGCAGAAGGAAAAUAAGGAGAACACACCCGCACUGGUCUCGUAGCAAAACACUUAUAUGAGAAGAGGGACAAGGUGAAGAAUGGAAGAGCUCAGUAUAUGCUUCACUGAUGAAUUCAGGUGCACUUCAGACAGUUUCAGUGUCUUACCUGGACACUCUUGGUGUCUUUCAAGUG